AUGGUAUUUGGUAAACUGUUCCAAAUUAUUAAAAAUUUAAUUUUAAAAAUUAUUACUAGGUUCUUUCAACAAGCAUUGGUCGUCAAUGGAAGGAGUGUUGGUGUGAUCUUUGCGAACAUGGAUGCAGUCAACAAAUACAGAGAAGAAUUGGCCACUGUGACAUUGGUUGGGAUUGAUGGGACGUUCAAGACUGUGCCUCGUGUUCCAGCAGAUUUGAAAUGUUUCCUUACUAUCCAGGUGGUUUUCAAAAGUGUAUCCUUUCCAAUGGUCUAUGCUCUACUGGGGAGCAUGACUGAAGAAGUCUAUGCGGCUCUGUUUGAUAUUGUAAGAAAUAUUUUACCUUUGAAUUAUCAACGUGUUUGUUUUAUUACAGCCAAUUGA